AUGCCAGAACCAAUCCAACCCUUCCCCCUCAACCCAGACAUAUGGCACCUAAUCUUCAACACCACCACCCAAAACGACCUCCUCAACAUAGCCCGAACAUGCAGAACCUUCAACACCAUCGCAACACCCCUCCUCUACCGCUCCAUCACCCUCCUAACCCCCAAACCCACCACCCCAGACCAAAAAACAAAGCUUCUCUCAAAACGCACCGCCGAGCGCCAACGAGCCGGCGAUCCGUCCAAUCCAAACAGAACCCGCGAGUACGACCGCGCGCGCUGGACCCUGUUCGCCCGACUCGAGAGGGACGAGCAUAUCCGGAGUUAUGUGCGCGAGGUCGUCUUCCCGUCCAGCUCGUCGUGGACUGGAUACGUGGGGUAUCUGCGGGAGGAUAACUACGACCGGCUCUGUCGGUUACUUCUGCGCCUGCCGAAUCUGCGGAGGGUGAAGCUGGGCUGUAAGAAGGUGCAGAAGGAGUGUGGUGCGCUGGUCCGUGCUAUCGCUGCGCAUCCGCGACAGCCCGAGCUGGAGGUGACGAUAUGCGAGACGGAUAAGCGCGGGGAGUUUCCCUUUGCGCAGGCCGUUUCUGCCCCCACUGCUGGAGCUGAAGUUCAGGAUUCCGGGCUCUCCUGCGUCUCGAGUCUCACCGUGACAGUUGAGCCCCACCGGUGGCCGAACGGAGGCGGCAGGCGCAUGCGCGAUAUCCAGGAUCUGUUCUUCCGGUGUCCGCGGCUUCGCUGCUUCGCGAUGACAGUGCGCAACGCUGAAGGUGGCCAUAUAUUCAUCCAGGUUGGGAUGGAGAUGUACGGUGCCGUGAGCUCGUUCAAGUUCGGUGGAUCCCAUGGAGAUGGAGAUGGAGACGCAAGCCGGCGCUUGGUCUUCCCGCCCCUAGAAGAACUGUCGCUGGAUGGGUACCAGAUGGACGCUGUAGAGUGCGCAUAUUGGCGCGACGGCCUCGACUGGUCCCGGUUGAAGUCCCUCACUGUGGGACCAAAUGAGACGUAUGCGAGAUACGAGCAGGAUGAGGGUGGGUUACUCGGCAAGUUCGCGGGGUACGCGACGUCGCUGACAACGCUGAGGGUGCUCGAUUACGCGGGCACGAAUAUCGGCUAUGGGAAAGCAUGGGUAAUCGGUCCGACAGGCGAAUGGCGUGACGGUCUUGCGAGACUUUUGGACUCUUUUGAUUCGUUGGUCACGCUGGAGCUGAGGGGGUACUGGCCCAGUCGAGUUGAGACGAUUUGGCGGCAUAGAGGGCUGAGAGAGCUUACGCUGCAUGUGGAUGAAGUGGCUGAUAGUGAUGAACGUAGGGUUCUGAGUGUCGAGGAGCUGGAGUUUCUUGAUGAGCGGUGUCCUGGGUUGAGAGUUUUGGAGAUUGAUAUUGAGCGGGAUGGGGAGUUGCCCAUCACCAUUCUAACAACCCUAGCAACGCGCUUCAAAUCCCUCCACGUCCUAUCCCUGCACUUUGAGCUCGGUCUCCGCAACAUCAAGACACCGCUCAGACCAAGUCUGUCCACCAUAAAUGCGCACCGGCUUGGUAAACUGUUCUUUAAUGCCCGGCAUCAUGCUGGGAUUGCUACCAGCUGCUCAUUUACAAUAACCCUCUGGACGGGACGAUCAUAUCCAUGCGAAGGAGAGCCCGAGCGGGACCAUACUCGGUUUGCGGAUGAGUAUACGGCCACGUACUCGGUCUCUUUGGCUGAUGGCGGAGAUGGGGAUAGUGAAGCGUUGCUGGAGGUGAGGAGGGUAGAGGGGAAGAGCCUGGAUAUUCGGGAGAUGGCGGUUAACCCCAGUGGGAUUUUUAGGGGAUGA